AUGACGGAAGUACAGUCCGCGUUCGAGAAAGACUUCAGCUUCCUCAAAUAUCAAGAUGAGGAUAGCAUUGAUGAUUGUUCUGUAGCUGUGAAGCGCAGUGCUUAUUGGUGCUACUGCGGUCCUUUGCUCGACUCCGAUCAAGAGACGGUGCCAGCUAAUCUUUAUGAAUUCGAGUCUGAGGUCUUCACAGGCUCGGUUCGCGCCAAACUCAUUCCUUUUCUCAAGUACAUCAACAGCCUCCUCGACGUCAAGGGUAUUGGUCACUACUUCCUCACCAUACGCGCCACCACACCGACACACGAGUUUGAUCAUCCGAGAUGGCACACCGACGAACUCUUCUUUGCAGAAGCUCCGAAGGGGGCUUUGCCUGGCACAAGACUAGGCCUCAAAUCACAAACUAGUCAGCUUGAAAACACGGGAACUAACUGGAAGAUCUGCACCACCCUUCUCGGCCCAUCAACACUCUUCGUUCCCCUAGAGCAUCAACCUUUAGCACGCGCCAAACAAAAAUCAGCUCGUCAGGCAGCUAGCACAGACCACGAGUGUCUAUCUCUGCGCUGUGUCGGCUGCGCGACUGCAGCAGAUGCUGUGCGCAACGAGUUGGCCACCACCCUGGAGCCCUUCGGCAUAGAGGCGGCUGCAAUCGGUGAAUGCUCCGUGUUCAAGGUUGGGAGGGACUUUGGAGCUGUCCACUCUGAACCUUGCAUGAGCCAUGAGGCCAGUGGUAGGGUGUUUAUCAAUGUUGUGCCAGGGACGGAGGACGAGCUGAAGACACUUUUGGGGAAAUGGGGUAUGGAGUUUCCGAGACAGUGCAAUGCGUAUAUACUGGCAUUGGAGGCCCGUGUUGCAAGCCUCGAGAAGCAACUUGCCAUGCAGUCUAGACAUCCUCAGUCACCAGAUUCCAUGGGGAAUAACAGCAUCGCCAAUGAAGAAGAAACAUCAUUGAUUCCAGAGGCGGCAACGAGCCUCGCACUGGAUGACCCGGAAGGUGAAGACAUGGACGAAUUGGCAAAUGCCCUUGGAUGCUUCACCCUCGGAGAGAUCGGAGAGCUGCGCUAUUUCGGCGCAUCCAGUAACUUUUCCAUCAUUCAUGAUCACGCUAUCAAGGUUCCUUCAUCAAUCCAGGCAAGGAACCGAGGAAUCGAAGCAGCACAGGAAAUGCCUGGCUUCUUCCAACCCUCGGAUGAACUCCGCGAUGAUCUGCUCACCCUGUUUUGGCGCUGGCAGAACUCGUGGCAGUACAUUGUUCCAAGAGAACUCUUUGUACGAGACUUGUAUGUAAAUGGGACUGGGCGAUACUGUACACCCCUCCUUAUUUCAGCUAUCCUGGCCUUUUCUUCGAGGUACUCCACGCGGCCAGAGCUGAGAGGAGAUCCCGAUGAUCCAAACACAGCAGGAGAAGCGUUUGCUGCUCAAGCCAAAACUAUGCUCCAUUAUGAGUACGACGCACCAACAACCUCUACAGUUCAAGCUGCAGCACUGCUUGGUCUCUACUGGGCUUCUGUCGAUAAUGAAGGUCUUGGGUUUAUGUAUAUCGGAAUGGCAUCGAGAAUGGCCAUGAAUCUAGGACUUCAUUGUGACUGCUCAUCAUAUGCUACCAAGGGUUUGAUCUCCGAAGAUGAUGUCGAAGCGCGGAACAUCACCUUCUGGGGUGUAUACGUUCUAGACAAGCUGUAUUGCCUUGGUAUGGGGAGACCCGCCAGUAUCCAGGAAAUCAACAUUACAACGACAAAGCCAAAAGGAGAAGUACCACACAGCCCAUUACUGACAGAGCACCAAUUGGAGAUCUCGAGUCCUUUUCCUACUCCUCACAUCACAGAGAAUUUAGUAUAUACCUGUGAACUAUUUAUGGCUUCAUCCGAAGUUAUCGAUCAGCUAUAUGCUCAGAGAUGUUCAUGGACAGAUAAAGAAAGAGAAGAUCGAGUUAUGAAAGCCCACUUGGAGGCUGUGGCACUCUUUGAACGGCUGCCAAAAAGCUUGAAGAUCUCAAACUCUAGUCUACAGUGCUCUCCUCCAUAUGUAUACCAACUCCAUUUGCAAUACCACCAUGCUCUAUUAUUGCUUCAUCGACCAUUCUUCCAACUUCUCAAUCCCGGGAAGAACUCUAUUGCUUACGACACAGAGGGCCGAGAUAUCCACUCUCGGUCAGUUAAGGAAUCAGCAGUUAAGAUUGCCAGGAUCUUGCAGAUUUUCAAGAAGAACUACACACUAAAAUGCAUACCGAUUUCAGCGGUACACCCAGCUUUUACAGCAUCUAUCAUACAUCUCCUACAUAUCAAGUCUUCUGGAGAUGUCGGGCGAACUGAAUCCAUGAGAUGUCUCAGCAUCUGCAUCACAGCACUGUACGACAUGAACGUUAGCUGGAACUGGGCCAAUCGGUCUAUUCGCGCUAUUCAGUCACUUGCUACAGAGUGGGGGGUCGAUAUCUGGGCUCAUGGCAUGUCACAGGAAAUUGCCGAAGAGAGUCAAUUGCAAUUUGCAAGAUAUGAGAUGGAGGACUUGCCACUUGUCCAAAAAGAUGUUGUGAACACAACUCUCGACGGGGCGGUUUCACUUAACGACAUAUUUGAAUUAUGGACUCAGGAGCGGUGUUUUGGGGAGUCGACUAUUGAUAUCUUUGGCUAA